GGUCUGAGAGUGACACUAAGGAUGCUUCUGUGAAAAAGAAGAGCUCCGCUAGUUCCAAGAACAACGUUGCCUCAGACAAAGCAGUUGUAAAAAAUUCCUUUGACAUUCUCCCCAAAACAAAAAAGAUGUCUCUGGCUCCUAAAGAAAAGAAAAGGAGGAACACAUCUGCAGACCAACCUGGGAUGACCAGGAAGGCAUGUGUGAGCGGUCUGAGCGUGAGUCGCUGGAAGAACAAAGGCAGCACCAGCGCACGCAUGUUCACGGGUAGGACUGCGCGGACAGGUGACAGCAAGGCUGUGGACUGGAGCAUCAAUGAGCUGGUCUCAACACACCGCAAACAGCCAAAGGAGCGUGGAGCAACCAAGGAACUCUCCACCCCAGUGAAAGCGAGUCAGCUCAACCUCUCCUCUCUGUUGGCUGACUUCACACCAAACACACACACCUGGAGCCGACUUAAAGCUGCCCUCUCUGUUCAUCGCAAAGGCAUAGUGCUGCACACUCCACGAGCUCUGUCAAUGUCAGGCUCUCUGAGCAGGGAAGAUCUAGCAGACAUCAGCCAGGAUCUCUUUGCCACACCUGUGCGCACAUCGCUCCCCAAACACCUCCAGUCACAGCUGCUGGGCUCUGUUUCUCUGGCCGUGUACAAGGAUGCAGACCUGUCAGAUGCAGAGAAAGUGUAUGCCGAGUGUGGCCAGCAGCAUCCUCUGCCCUGGGAGGAGUGUAUUCUCCCUCAGCAGAUGAAACGGUGUGUUAAGAUAGGAGAGGGGAGUUUCGGUGAGGUCUUCUCCACCACCAACACCUCAGGAGACACUGUUGCUUUCAAAAUCAUUCCAGUAGAGGGCAGUGAGAAGGUGAACGGAGAGGACCAGAAGACUUUUGGAGAGAUUCUUCAUGAGAUUAUUAUCUCAAAAGAGCUGAGCAGCCUGAAGGAGAAGUCACAGAACCAGACUCAUGGCUUUAUUGGACUCGAUGAUCUUCACUGUGUUCAGGGCUGCUACCCCCCAGAUUUCCUGAAAGCCUGGGACAGAUUUGACCGUCAGAAAGUCUCUGAGAAUGACAGACCAGAUUUCUUUGAAAAGGAUCAAAUAUUCAUAAUCCUGGAGUUUGAGUUUGGAGGCACCGAUUUGGAGAACAGCAAUGGAACGCUGGCGUCUCUGGGGGUGGCAAAGAGCAUCCUUCAUCAGGUGACUGCUGCCUUGGCUGUUGCUGAGCAGGAGCUACACUUUGAGCACAGGUAGAGGGCAAACAUACAAGAACAGCAGCCAGUGACCAUGUGCGUGCAGCAGGCCUUGUAUGUGACAAGCAGGACAAGGCAGCACUUAAAGG